AUGCAUGCAUUAAAAGCUACCGUUAUUUUGGAUUGUUCAGGUUGUACAUUUAUCCUAAUGGAUUUUAAUAUUAAUGCUUUCCUACUGGCGUUUUUAACAUGCUCAUUAUUCGUAUUUGGAGUUAAAGCACAAAUUCCAAAAAGAUAUGUGUUUCUUGAAUCCGCUCCAAAUGUGUCAGCCAUAGUUGGCCAUGACACAUAUUUCGUCUGCAAUGGUGGCAUUAAAUGGACGCACGAAAGCAGUAUCAAUAGAGGUCGAGAAAUUGGAAAUCAUCCUGCUCCAAUGAAUUUUAAAAAAGAAACAAAUAUGCUUUAUAGUUCGCCAACUAACUACUUGGCAUCAGGAAGGCAUAUCAUCACUACCACCGUAUACUCAAUGCUGGAUGAUCGUGGACGUCUAAUUUUGCGAAUCGAUAAUGCAAGCCUUACAGAUAGUGGAAUUUAUAGAUGUCACGGUGAAGUUAAUUAUAUGGACGUCUAUCUCAGUGUUCAUCCUCCAGAACAUUUCGUCAUUAUACUGCGGUGUCCUUUGACGGCUGUUCAAAGGGUUCUUUCUUGGGAAUGGAGGGAACCAAUUCCACCGAAUUCGGAAUUAGCGGCUGUACUUCCGAAAGAAGCCCGUCCCAGUAGAACGGUAUCCUAUAAUGAAUCCGGUGUAUUUUCACAUGGAAAUGUAGAAAUUGGUCCCAAUCUUGAGUAUGUUCGGAUAUUAGAUCCGAAAGCCCCUGAAGCACCCACUCCUCUUUGGUGCAAAUUUGAAAUGGAGGAUCUCUGGCAUGGAAAGUCGAUUUGA